AUGUGUCUUGGAUCGCUCAAAUUCUGGCAUAAGCACAAGAAAAGGGAUGAGUCCUCACUUCCUUUGACUGUCACCACGGGCACAGGUCAGCUACCGCUGACCACGUCUAUCGCCCACCGACCCGCGACUUCCCAGCCUUCGAAAGUCUUGGAGCACGCCAACGUUCAUUCGGAAGCAAACGCAACUCCCGAUGUUCAAGCCAAUUCUGCCACCCAAACCUCGGGCUUCCUGACUGAGUCCCCGGAAAGCCCGCCACCGACUGAUUCCCUGGUCGACCACCAGCCCUCCCCAAGCCUUUCAAACUCGUCCAAGUCUCCGACGGGAACUCUCCAGGAACGUCUCUGGAAUCAGGCUUACGAUGGUCUCAAGUCUGAUGAACCCAAGGUGGUCAAAGCGUACGAAACACUGCUGUUGCAAAAGCUUCACGAAGUUGAACCAAGCCCCGCGUCCUCGCCUGACGAUCAAAUCAGGGUGUCAACGCUAGGGAGCCCGGAACAUAUGGAGAAGCUGGUUAGAGCAGGAAUGAAACGUUCGGAGGAGAUCGCAAAAGUCAAGGCAAAUCUCGAAGAAUUUGGUCAAGUUGCAGAAUCUGUCAAGGCAGUCAUGCAAAUUGUCGUCCAGGCAGCACCUCAGGCUGCUAUUGCAUGGUCCUGUAUCUCGUUCGCUCUUGAGACACUCGCAAAUCCAUUGACAGAGUCCAGUAUCAACCGUCAAGGCAUCACCUAUGUUUUAGGGAUGAUGAAAUGGUACUGGGAACUCGUGGGCCUUCUACUGGAUGAGAAGUCUCCUUCCAAGUCUCCUUCCAAGACCCUGAGAGAUCAAGCCGAAGAGCAAAUCAUUCAACUGUACCGUAAUAUUCUGCUGUACCAGAUGAAGAGUGUUUGCGUGUACUACAGAAAACAAAUCUACGUCCUACUUGGGGAUAUGAUCAAACGGAACGAUUGGGCUGGUGCGCUCAAAGGUGUUAAAGAUGCCGAAGACGGCAUGCGCAACAUACUGAGCGGCUACACGAACGCAUCCAUCUACUCUCGCCUUGAGGGUAUAGACUCCACCUUGAAGCAUGGUCUUGGGGACAUUUUCUCUCUGAUGAAAACGCAACAAAAGAUGGACGAAGACAGCGAAAACAAUCGCUGGCUAGCCGCCCUUCACCAGACUGACCCCGUCCACGACAAAACACGUAUCCAAGGAAUUAAGGGAGAACUUCUUCGAGACUCUUACCACUGGAUCCUGGCUCAUAACAGCUAUACCCAGUGGGAAAAAGAUCCCCAACGCCACCUACUUUGGAUCCAUGGGGACCCAGGAAAGGGCAAGACGAUGCUUUUGUGCGGUAUCAUCGACGAACUGGAGAAGAAGCCCUCGAACACGCUUUCGUACUUUUUCUGCCAGGCUACACAAGCGAAACUAAACAAUGCGACAUCCGUUCUGCGGGGUUUGCUAUACAGUCUUGCCCACAAGUACCCACAACUCAUCCCUUACAUCCGCCGCGAGUACACUGCUGUCGGAAGAGAACAGUUCGAGGACCACAAUGCAUGGGAAGUGUUGUCAAAAAUGUUUACUCACAUGUUGUGCUAUUCUCACUUGCACGGUGUUGUGUUCAUUGUGGACGCCCUCGACGAAUGUGUGGACAAGGACGACCGCCGCAAACUUCUCGAGUUCAUCCGACUAGUGUCAUCAACGUACGACAUCAAGUUCAUAGUUUCCAGCCGAGGUUGGGGAGAUAUGCGGAAAGGCAUGGAAGAUAAGACGACAGGCACAUCCAUCAUUUCUCUGGAAGACAAUGGGCUCUCUGUCUCGACUGCUGUGGCUGCUUACAUUGAACGAGAGGUACAGAACCUGGCCAAAAGCGGCCAUUGCAAGAUGAGUCCUGAGACUCUGAAGCAGGUCAAACAUCAUCUUAUGGAGAACGCGGAAAACACAUUUCUGUGGGUAGCUUUGGUUUGUAAGGAGCUGGAUGAUCCCGAUAAUCACGAUGAUCAGGACGUCCACAAAGUUCUCCAACGCUCUCCUCAAGGUCUCCGUGGACUUUACCGGAGAAUGUUUUGCGAGAUAUCCUCGUCGACACAUUCAGAGCUGUGCAUAAAGAUUCUGGAGGUUACGUCUGUCCUGUACCGUUCGAUUACAUUGGCAGAGCUGCACUCCAUUCUCUCCGCAUUGCCUCAAAUCGACGUCACAUCGGAUAAGCUAAGAUACGCAAUCCAAUACUGCGGCUCGAUGCUGAAUAUUCAAGGAGAUACGAUUUACUUCGUACAUCAAUCAGCAGUGGACUUUUUGACAGACAAGAAACUGGAGGGACUUGAGGAGAUCACAGGUCGACAUCGUCUUGUCUUCUGCGGUUGUCUAGAAGCUUUGAGGACGUCCAAGGCUAUAAAACGGGACAUCUAUGAGCUGGAGGCUCCUGAUAUCCUCCUAGAGGAUAUCGAUACCCCCAACCCAGAUCCCUUGGCUGCUCUGAAGUAUGCUUGUGUGCACUGGGUCGACCAUCUCAGCAAAUGUGAUUUUUCAAAUCACAUGAAAGACAACGGAGCCGCCCAUCAAUUCCUCCAAGACAGAUUUCUAUACUGGGCGGAGGCAAUGUCUCUUCUUCGACACAUACCGCAAGCAAUUAAAGCCAUACAGGAACUUCAAAAACUAGUCGAAAGAGAAUCAGGCGUAGCCAAAGAAAGUAUAUCGGAAUUCGUUGACGAUGCAAACCGAUUCCUUCUCUAUCACAGAGCAGUGAUUGAAGAUAAACCACUCCAGCUUUACGCUUCAGCUCUAGUGUUCAGCCCAAAACAAAGUGUCGUGAAAUCCACUUUUCGGAGGGAGGCGCCCGACUGGGUCAUGAUCACGCCAGGGUUAGAACCAAUAUGGCCUGCAUGCUUGCAAAAGCUGUAUGCGAGCGACUGCGGAUUUGAUGCUGUCUAUGCUGUGGCCUACUCGCGAGAGGGUCAAUGGCUUGUGUCGGGUUCCAACGGUGGCAUAGUGAAGCUUUGGCAUGCCGCGAGUGGCAACUGUGUGCACACAGUCGGUGGUCAUGGCGAGGAGUUUACUUCGAAUUAUUCAAAGAACAAGAUACCAGUCGCUGCGAUGUCAGUGGCCUUUUCAGCUGACGAUGAAUUAUUUUUCUCGGGGUCCUUGAACGGAGUUGUGAAAAUCUGGGAUAGGGUGACAGGUACUUGCACCCGCGAACUCCAAACACAUUCAUCACACGCCAACGCAAUGGCCAUUUCUUCAGACGGAUGCAUAAUAGUAUCCGCUCUCCCGAAUGGUUACAUCAAUAUUUGGAGCAUGAAGGAGGAAAUCACUUCGCGCUCCAUCAAGUAUCAUCGAAAGGAUAUUCACUCAGUAGCCUUGAGCGCAGAUGGGCAAUGGGUUUUUUUGGCGUCUUCGGAAGAUUUUUCUAUAGGGAUCCUGAAUGUUUCAACAGGAGACGCCAGGCAGAUUGUCACAAAGAACAGCGUUUUUGCAAUAGCUUGUUCGUCAUCUGGGAAUCGGGUUGCGACAGGAAGCUAUGGCGGAGUUCAGAUUUGGGACAGACAGACUGGUCAACCGGUUCUAGAAAAGCCAUUCGAGCUAUCAGGAUACAGUAAAAACGCCGCAUACGUGGACCUCUCAGCUGAUAGUCAAUUCGUGGCGGCUGGCUCACGAUACGGUAUCUCCGUUUGGAACACGACAACGGGUGAUCUGGUAUGGAUGACAGACCAUUCCAACGCGAGCGACGUCAACUCAAUAUCUUUCUCUCCAGACGCCCGACGAAUUGUUUCAACAUCAUGGCCUACGAUCCAAGUCUGGGACUUAUCAAUUUCUCCAGAGGCUGCAUACCACGACCCCAAGUACUUUCCAGAAUAUUUAUGCUAUUCUGAUCAACAUCACUUCAUAGCCUCGUACCCCGACGAUAACGUCAGAAUGUGGGGCAGAGCAGCCGAUAAGCCAGACUCCAUGUUCCACCGCGAGGGGACGCAUUUCAUCGCACUCUCUCGGGACAGCCAACAGCUUGCAACAACUACUGGAAGACGCGGCACGAUCGUUAUCUGGGACACCAAAACCGCCCAGAUAUUUCAAAUAUUUUGUAGCCGCACAGAGAAGGUUCUAUACGACAAGCGUGACUUUCAAGAGCAUGAGUUCCAGCGGACAAAUAGCGACAUCACGGCCGACUGCGCCUGCACGUGCAACAGGUGCGAUACGGAAUACAGUCAUCCGUGGAAAGAUCCACCGGUUCUUGGAACAAUCUUUCGCAAUAGUGUCGAGCUCGCAUUCAACUUCCGAGGGUUGAUAAAGAUCUGGAACACGAAUGACGGCGGUUGUGUGCAGACCCUCAACACCGGUCGCAACUGUGUUGAGCACAUGACGUUUUCCAGCAAUGGCCAGUGGCUUGCUUGCCUAGCUUACGACCUCGAUAAAGACAAGCGUAAAAGAAUCAACCAAAUCAUCCAAGUUUGGGAUACCGCAACAAAGCAAUGCGCCUCAACAUUAUACUUGGACUCAAGCUUGAUCGAAUAUGUCGAUUCCCUGAGCUUGUCAGCAGAUAUGCGACAGCUUGCGUCCACGACAUCAACAUGGACAGAUGAUGAUUCUCGGUAUUUUGCAGGAGUUUGCAUAUGGGAUUUGAAGUCUGGAAUCCUUUUGCGACAUUUCAAAAGUGACAAAAUUGAAAAUAUUCAAGCAAAGUUCGACACCAAACUUGAACGUCGCUUGCACACCGAGUAUGGCUUCAUCGACACAACUGAAUGUCUGGAAGCGAAUGAUUCAAGUUUGGGUUGCGCGCAAUCUGAAAUCUCUCCUAAAGAUUCCGAGAUUGUGCCAGCUUCGGGAAGGCUGGAAGUUAUGCCUUCCUUCGGCGGCUAUGGCCUCAGCUGUGACUUGGAGUGGAUUGUACGAGACGGGAAACGUUUGCUAUGGAUUCCUCCGGAUUUCAGACCCGAUAAUUAUGACCGUGGCCACAUUACUCCCGUCGUGGAUGGAUUUUAUACUAUAUGGUUGAGAAGGGCACGGGGCCCAGUACGAAUCAUGGACGUCGCGAAUAACAACUCGGCAUCUGCGAAAGGUGAUGGGACGAGCGAAGCGGAGGACAAAGAUGCAUACACUGUUGGAUGGAUUUGUGCCCUUCCUCUGGAAAUGGCGGCUGCCAAAUUGAUGCUCGAAGUUCACCCACUCCAAGUCGACCAGGAUGAGAGAGAUCACAAUACCUAUACCCUAGGCCAGAUUCAGGGUCAUAAGCGGCCACGUCAUUUCGAUUCGGUCUACUGGUUGGGAUCGGAGGCGGAGCGCCGUCCUCAGCUCACGACAUUCGCCUUGGCGAUGUUGUUGGGCAUCCCGACUGGUACCAGCGGGGGUGUCAUCCAGUCUGACCGGGGCAAACUCGUACAAAACAAAGCUUUUGAACGAACAGGUUCGCUGAACGCGCCGCCUACAGCUCUGCUGAGGGCUGCGGGGCGUGUGAAAACCGACCACUUGUCCGGUGAUAGUCGCAUUCCCGACUUCCUGUCCGAGGCGUUUGAAAGGAAACCGAAGAUGAAGCGGAAGUUUGCUUAUCAGGGCAAAUCACACGACUGCUUGUUUAAGACAAAAUAUGAGCACGUCAAUACUGAUAGCGGCUGCGACAAUUGCGACGCUACACAGACGGUGCAACGGGAGGAAAGAGAUGAUACGGAUCCGGUAGUUCACUACGGCAACAUCGCCUCAGGAAACCAGGUCAUCAAGCAUGCCGAGACCAGAGAUAGGCUGAGCAGAGAACUUGGUGUACUCUUCUUUGAGAUGGAGGCUGCGGGGCUGAUGCAAGAGUUUCCAUGUUUAGUAGUUCGUGGUAUUUGUGAUUACUCGGACUCCCACAAGAACAAGAGAUGGCAAGAAUACGCCGCCGCAACGUCCGCGGCGUAUGCGAAGGAGCUUCUGUCAGUGGUACCUCCUAAGCGCCUCGAGAAAGAGAAACCCAUUUUCCUUGAUUUGAGCGUAGAUCCUCAACUCCGCAACAGCGUGCUUGAGACGAAGAAAGCCAUUCUAUAUCAAACGGAACAGCAAGAGACUCGCUAUGAGGAUGAACAGAAUCGACAGUGUCUGAACGACCUGUUUCAAACGGAUCCUGUGGACGACAAGAAACGCAUACUACGCGAUAAAGGUGGUCUUCUCGAAGGCUCCUGCCAGUGGAUUCUCGAACUCCCCGAAUAUCAACAUUGGAAAGCAUCCCCGCACGGCUCCAGGCUCUGGAUUAAAGGGGAGCCAGGGAAGGGAAAAACGAUGUUGGUUUGCGGCAUGAUUGAAAGUCUGGAGGCAGAUCCUCUUCGGAAGAUGUGCUACUACGUUUUCUGCCAAGCCACUGAUUCAAGGCUGAAUACCGCAACGGCAGUUAUACGAGGACUGAUUUACCAACUCGCAAGAAAGCACCCUUGGGUUCUUUUCAAAGUCCGCGCAAGGUACGACGUCGCGGGGAAGACGCUGUUUGAAGAUGCUAAUGCCUGGAAUGCCGUGUCGGAGAUCCUUUUGUUAUCUUUUCAAGAUUCACGCUUAGAUGGUGUCACACUGGUUGUGGAUGCACUUGAUGAGUGUGUGACAGGCCGUGGGAAGCUUCUAGAAUUCAUACGAACGUCAUCUAAAAGUCGCAUCAAGUGGAUCGUCUCUAGCCAAUAUCUCCAAGAAAUCAAGGAGGCUUUUGCAAAAACAAGCGGCGAUACCAAGUUUUCGAUCUCGCUGGAGCAGCAACAACACAUGAUCUCUGGUACUAUCCAAAGAUAUAUCAAAAAGAAUGUGGAAGAUCUGGCUAGCAGAAAGCAGUACGACGACUCGACUCGUUCUAAGAUCGAAAGACACUUGAGCGAGAACGCGAACAACACCUUCCUAUGGGUUGCGUUGGUCUGCCAGAGACUUGGGGAAACUCAGGGUUGGAGGGUCGAGAUGAUUUUUCAUAACCUCCCAAAAGGCCUCACCUCAUUGUACAAGCGUAUGCUACACGAUGUUUCAAUAUCGGAGAAUAGCAUACUUCCCCAACAGGUGCUAGCCAUCCUUUCGGUCCUGGAGCGACCUGUCGCUCUAUCGGAGCUUCCAUUCGUAAUCCAGCUACCAAGCCACAUAUCUGACAACUUGAGGUUUGUUGAAGAACUCGUGGAAGAUUGCGGGUCGUUCCUAUUCAUACGUGAUGGAAUAGUACGCUUCGUACACCAAUCCGCAGUGGAUUUCCUACAGAAUGAGGACAUCGUGCAGAAUCAACAAUUUCGAGGACUGUCUGGGGUCGUAGAUCGGCACCAGUUGGUGUUUCGUCGCUCUUUUGGUGUCUUGUACAGGUCCGAGACACUGAAGCGCGAUAUUUAUGGAUUGGAGGUCCCCGGUUCACAUAUGGAAGACAUCAAACCACCUGAGCCCGACCGACUUGCUUGUUUGAAGUACAGCUGCGUUCACUGGGUUGAUCACCUUCAUGCCUGGAUCAUUCGUCUCAAGAACAAAGAGUCAACUACCGCGCUAACUAGACUGGAAGAAAACCCCAUGCUCACUGACCGGGAAAUUAUACGAAACAUUGUAGGAUUCCUCCGGGGCAAGUUUAUCUACUGGGUAGAAGCCCUCAUUCUGCUUGGUCAUAUCUCGAAAGGGAUUCAGGCGAUACAGAAACUCUCAAUGCUGGUUGAACCUGGUUCCACCGAAGACGCAAAGGCGCUCGCAGACUUUACUCGAGAUGCCAACCGAUUUGUUCUUUACAACAGAGAAGUCAUGGAGGAAUAUCCAUUGCAACUUUACGCUUCUUCUCUGGCCUUCAGUCCUCAAGAAAGUAUUAUGAAAAAGCACUUUGAGCACGAUAUACCUGAUUGGAUUGUCAAACUUUCAGGCCUGGACUCAGCUUGGAGCCCAUGUCUACAGACGAUUGCGAACGACGGUCGCUCCAUCCCCAUAGCUUUCUCGGGUGAUGGGAAAUGGCUUGCUUCCACCUCAGCUACCACAAGGUUGCAUAAGUCUGUGAUCAAAAUCUGGGAAGCUAGUACGGGCAUUUUGACGAGCACGCUUAGGGGCAACUUCCCCCACAGACCAUCUAUUUCUUUCUCCGGUGACAGAAAGAAAGCUUCUAAACUUGCGAUAACAUCAAUGGACAAUUCUGUUAGCAUUUGGGACCCGGAAAGUGGUACCCUUUUGCGUACUGUUUGCGGACGAACGGAAGUAGGCGUCUGUUCACCAGAAUCACCUCUUGGUGAUGUAUUGGCCGUCGUCUUUUCAUUUGAUAAUUGCAAGAUAGCAUCCCAUCAUGCGGACGGGAAGCUGGUGAUCUGGGAUGCCGAGAGCGGCGAGAAGAUCCAUAGCUUUCCAGGACAUUCAACACGUCGCCAUAACACAAUGAGAGUAGCCUUCUCUCCGGACAAUUCGUUAGUCGCAGCAUUUUCCGACGAUGCAAGGGUAAAUGUAUGGAAAGUUCAAGCACCUCAUUCGCCGCAAAUACUGGGAGAGAUGGUUGAUCAAGUAUCGGAUGUUUCCUUCUCGUCUGAUUCGCAUCUGCUGGCGUCGGCCGGUUCCAGCAAUACCAACGGGAGUUCUUGGGUUUGGGACAUCUCUACAGGGUCUUUGAGGAAGAAGAUCACGCAUAAGGGCUUAAGCCACAUAUGCCUGGCAUUCUCGCCGAAGGCUGAAAGCCAACGUCUUGCAGUGGCUUAUGAGUGCGAAAUAGACAUAUGGGACAUGGACAAAGCUACUACGUCUGUAUGGCACGUAAGUGCGCGCGCAUCUGAGAUCUUUUCACUAUCAUUUUCACCUGAUGGCCAGCGGCUCGCUUCUGGGACAACUCAUGGCGAAAUCAAAAUCUGGGACGUGUCAAUACGCCCAAGCAAGUCCAGGAAAAUUGGACUCCCGCCCAAGCAAAUAGUCUUCACUCCAGAUGGUAGUCAGGCUAUUUAUUACGACCAAAGCACAAAUACGAUUGGAAUUCGAAACAUCGACACCGAGUGGCAGGACUCAGCAAUUGUUUUGCGAGAAAAAGGCUGGUUCCCGAGCUUGGCUUUGUCCAAUGACAAAAGUCGGAUUGCAUGCACAACUUAUGGCAAAAUCAGAUUGUUUAAUGCGGCAAAUCAAGCUCUGUUGCAAAAGAUCCCUGCUAUCACCGAAGACCAUACUUUGCUAGCCUUCCAACAUAAUAAUCAACUUGCAUCUUCGUCGCAGAGCGCUAUCAAGCUAUGGAUUGAUCGCAAAAGCACACUUAGUAUUUCUAUCCCAAACAUGAACAUCACAUGUUUUGCGGUCUCUAGAGAUGGGGAAUAUCUCGCAUAUGCGUGCGAAAAGAUGGGUACUCUCUUCAACGACGAAACAUUCAUACAAGUAUCGGACGUUAAAGCGGGGAAAAGCUUCGCCCCAAUUCACGUCGACUAUGCCAAUAUUAAGUAUGUGGUGUUCUUAUCGGAUAAGCAGAAAUUUGUGGUGGUGUCUGCAGGGAGGAUUCAGAUUUGGGACGUCGCCCGCGGGCUCUGCUUGUUGACGUUGCGAGAUGAUCCCGAGCGGAUUCCCUAUAACGUAUUAUUCGACAACAAGAUCAACACACGUCUUCACACUCAGUUCGGAUUUCUCGACUUGAAUCUGGAGUCUCUGGAGGAUCCAAACCAGCAAACCUCAAUUGAAAACGAACCCUUUUCUGGGUACGGAAUUGGGCUUUCCUGGUGGAAAAGCAACAUUGAUGAUGUAAACUGGAUAGUGAGAAACGGGGAGAAAGUCUUGUGGGUUCCUGUGGACUACCAAUGGGAUAAUGCUGUACUCGAUGACAUCACCCCAUUCAUUGAUGGGACAACACUCAUUUGGGCCUCUCGUCGGGUGAACGGACUCAUGCGGAUAGAGCUCAAAGAUCUAUGA